AUUCGCAAUGAGAGUUCCCAAGCUCAACUGCGAGUCUGCAAGUUAGAACAGGAGAAGGACGCAUUCUCACAAAAUUCCCAAUCGGUUUCUCUUUUGAUUUUCGCUUUGGUGAAGCUCAAUAUCCGAAAGCUAUGGCAGGAGCUGCAGCUGCUAUUGUGGAACUUGAACAAGUUCUCAGGUCCAAACCGGAGAAGAUGACCCGUGAAGAAAUCAAUAUUCUUCUGGGAUGCCAAGCUAAGGUUUUCAGGACAUCAGCCGCUAGUGCCCUUAUUGGGAGCGCUGCUGUUUGGGCAGCAACAAGGAGGCUAAGUACUUUGUUUCGAGUUAACCUUGUAGCUGGAGCUGCUGCAUACAUUGCACUGUGGAGAUCUGCUAAGUCCCUAAUUUCAUGCACUGAUCAUAUUCUGGGGCUAGAUGGAACUCGUAUGCAGAGAGAGUUAGCAAAUAUUAUGAUCAGAACAAAUAAGGGUGAAUCUUGGAGAUGGAAACUUCUCUCCAAGCAUUUCUUUUCAGAGAUAGUUUAUGAGGAUUCAAACCCAGACGACCCAGUGAUAAGAUGGCGUGCCCGGAGCUUUUUUACUGAUAGUGGUUUUCAUGAGAAAAGGACAGAUAAUGCUGAUGAUUCACAUGGCAGUUCCCAGAACACCAUGCAAAAUGACCCUAAUGGGAAAAAGUACAGUAUGGAGCCAAAACAAGUUCCUGUGAACUCAACUGCUGGUUUGAUGGUAGACCCCUUUGAUUGUGUUUUUGGAUACACAACAACAGAGGAGAUUCAUCACCCUGGUGCCUCAGGCACAGCUGGCAAAGUACUCUCCCGUAACCAUAAAAGAGCCCAUCGCCGGCGCCGAAUGAGACAUCAGAAAGCUUCUUUGGAUACUCAGCAUACAUAAUCAGCCACUUUACUAUCUAUAUCACAUGCUGUUGAAGUGAAAAUUGUCUGUUGAAUCAUAAGUUAAAACCUAACAUGCAUGUUAGGCUUUGGGCAAUAUUUGGUUAGUGUGGCUGCAGGUUCAACCGAGCAAGAAGAAGAAUCUGAUGAGUAACCAUUCACCAGAAAGUGAGGGAUAUUGCAUAUGCUGCUGGUUGAGCCUUCAAAAAUAAUGGCGUUGAAAUUCUAUUGGUGGACAGUGAUACCGUCCUCAUGUGCACAGGCUUUUCCUUUUAUUUGAGAUGAUUCCCCAGCGCGGGAUUGAUUUUAAUGGAGACAGUGAAUGCAGAGUUGAUCAUUGACGAGAACAAUAGAUGGGUGUUAGUAUCAUUUGUUAAUAGUUUGCCAACAUUCAGUUGCCCUCUGAACCAGAGAAAAUUAAAUCCUUUCUUUUUCAAGUGAAAACCGUCAGAUUAAGAGCAUGCCGUGUUUAUUUGCUGGUUGUAGUA